UUAGUUCCUCUUUCUCUCCCCCACCGGUGGCAUCUCGGACUACAAAUGCGGCGCUCAGCGAGCCGCGGGGGAACAGAGUAGACAGCGGAGGACUGCUUUUCUUUUCUUGUCUCCGCCUCGUGUCCACUAGAGUCAAAGGAGGGAGGGGGACGCAACGGCUAGUCGUGGCCGCCCUUUCGGGGGCCGAGGCCGAUGGACCCGCGUAGCGGCGGGGGAGGCGGUGGCGCCGGCGCCGGCGCCGGCGAUGAUCAAAUUCUGUGGGAUUGGCAAGCAAAGGAGCAUUGUGAACCUAGUGAUGCAAAUCAUGAUGUUGCUAAGUUCGUGUGGGAUUGCCUCAACCAAGAUGAUGAUGAUGAUGAGCUAUUCGGAAUGCUGGGAAAUCAAACUCCUCUGCGAGACUGCCGUUCCUUCUUUGAUAUUGGUGAUAUCUCCUGCAAGGAGACCCUGGACCUGGAGGAAUCACGGGAAUCAAAGCGGCGACGCGUGUUGGAGUACCCUUCUGAGUUUAGUCAGCCAGAAUUUGGAGAUCAUGAAAUGGGUUCUACUUCUGUCAUGUCUGAGGUAACAGAGACCUCAUUACUUUGCACUGAUGAACUAGAGAGCUUAAAUUGGGAUGUGCAGCACAAUUCAAAUAAUUUAGUAUCAGAUAAGACAAGUUCCUUGUCAAUUGGAGCACCCUACCGGCCAUCAGAUAAUCAUUCGGAAAGUUGCUCUGAUGGAACUAUUAUGUACCACACGCCUGAUCAAAUGCCUUCUAGCCAAGAGAGCGUUACAUAUAUUGAUGUUGAUGGUCAAACUGAUGUGCAAGGAACAACUGAGACUGCACCGGUGACAGAAAGUCUCAUAAUGCAGGAGACUAGGAAACUUUCUAAGCUCAAAGUAUCUAAAGGAGGAAGCUCACUGAUUAAGGUGAAGCAAAAUAUAACUACAACUAUAGCGUACCCUUUUACCCUUAUCAAACCAUCUUGGGAGGAAGGAGAUGUUGUGACUCUGAAGGAUAUAAAUCAGCGAAUCCAUGCUCCUCCGAAGAAGCCUCCAGAAAUCCUGGGAACUUCAGCUUUCUCCGGCAAGCCAGUCAUCAACAAGACAAGAAUCAGAACAGAAGGGGGGAAAGGCAGCAUCACAAUACUAAGAACGAAGGGCUGAGGAUGCCACAACUUAUUUAACAGCCAUUCCCUCGAUUGCUUACAGAAUUUGGUCUUCUGUGUGAAGGCCUCUAUAGCUUUCAAAGUUUUGUUCGCCCCAAUUUUUGUGCCAUGUGUUCAGAGUUACUGUAGAUGGCUAACUCUUUGUUCAAAGAUUCAGCAAUCAUCUGGUGUAUUUUAGUGGCAUGUGGCUAAUGAUAUAUAUGAAAAAUUAAGUUCAGAAAGCAGCAUCUCUUCGAUGUUGUUCGUAUGGUACUAUGGUUUGAAUAACUCUAA